ACUACCCCUGGCGUACUGAUGUCUACAAACGCAGCAGAUAGAAAUCCAGCGAAGUGGAUCACUGGAUUGCGGGAAAAUAGAUGUCUGAGGUUGAUAUAUGCAUCAGAGAACAAACAUAGUGUGAAGAAAAUCAAGAGAAGACCACCACAAUGACAAAUAUGUUGGGAAGUUCAGAAUCCUUCUGGUCCAGCGAUGUCGUUCAGGAUCCAUCUGGUUCGAAUGUCCCUCUGAUCAGAACUGACAGGAACUAUAGCUUCAAUAAAAAGACAGCGCAUCGAGUCUCAUUCACUAUCAGCAUCCCGUACUGUGAACGCUUAGAUGGUCAUAAUGAAGAAAAACUGGCCAAAUAUGAGAGCAGGAUUUCUGAGCUAACUUUACCAGUCUCACACACUGUAAAAAAGCUGGUUUGGCACACCUUCCCUUUCCUUAAUUGGUUUCUUGGGUACAAAGUCAAAACAUGGUUGUUGGGCGACCUACUUUCGGGACUUAGUGUGGGCCUUUUGACUAUUCCUUUAUCCCUUGCAUAUGGAGUUAUUGCAGGGCAGCCAUCUAUUAACGGACUCUACACAAGUUUGAUCUCUACAGUCUUAUAUUGCUUGCUUGGAACAACGCCACACAUGUCCUAUGGUGCAUCUGCGUUUACUGCUUUGCUCAUUGCCAAACAUGUUGGCCACAUUGAAUCUGGGGAGCUUGUUUCAGACAGUGACUGUUCUCCAAAAUGCUCAAUGGAGUUGCAUGUGGUUACCCUCACCUGUGUCUCCGGAAUUAUUUUGAUUUUAAUGGGGAUUUUUCGCCUCAGUUUCCUGCAGAUGUACAUCUCCAAGCCUGUCAUAAAUGGCUUCAAAGCUGGGACAGCUUUCAAUUUAAUAAUCAUCUUGCUGACUAUAUUACUUGGUAUUGAUGGUCCAAUUCAUCAUGGCCCAUUGGCAUUUGUCUACACUCUCAAGGAUAUCAUUGAAAACAAUGAAAUAAACAUUGGCUCUCUCAUUGCUGGUCUAGCCACAUUAGCAUUUCUGAUCCCUUUGAAAAUAAUAAACUACAAUUACAGUAGACAUCUCUUUCCCAUAGAGUUUAUUGUCAUGGCUAUUGCCAUCGGGAUGACACUCUGGUUGGAUCUAGAGGACAACUAUAAUUUCAAGUUGAUAAACUACCAGCCAUUUACUGCACCGCAGCUUGUUCUCCCUUCUCUCUCCUUAAUAUCCAGUGUUAUUGCAGACGCUGUUUCCAUUGCAUUGGUGACUUUUGUAGUUAGCCUAUCAAUGGGAACUGAGAUCUCCAAAAAGCACAAUCAUAGUUAUCACCCACAUCGCGAGACUCUGGUUUUAGGGUUUUGUGACCUGAUCCUCUCGUUUCUGGGUGCUUUUGCAGUCUCUGGAGUUUGUGAGCAAACUGUGGUGCAAGAAAAAGCUUGGGGUCAAACCCAAGGCGCAGGCUUGGUAGCAGCAAGUCUUUGCCUUACUGCUCUGUUCUGUGGUCAAACCCUCCUUCCACUUGUGCCAAAAACUGUUCUCGGUGCUAUUGUAAUUGCAAAUCUGGGUUGUUACUUAGAGUUCUUCAGGAAGUACUGUUUUGCGUGUAGGAGGAACAGAUACGAUUUUCUGGCUGGAAUUGUUACAUUUGCAGCAGUGUGUUUGCUUGGGAUCGAUAUUGGUUUAGCAGUUGGCGUAUUCUUUUCACUUUUGCUCACUCUCCACAGACUUCAAAGACCUUCUAUUGCCAUUUUGGGCCAUAUUCCCAACACAGAAACCUACACCGACUUGUCCUUCGAGAAGGCCGCCAAAGAGAUAUUGGGAAUUAAAAUUAUAAAGACCUUCGAUUCUGUUUAUUACGGCAAUGUUGAUUUUUUUUUGGCGUGGCUGAAACGCAAAGUGAAUAGUUCUCUUCUGCCUAGUGGGAAUUCAAGAACUGAGAGUGCAACGUACAGUGAAGAAGAUAAAUAUAAUAUGUUAUGGGAAUCCACGCAAUUCCUUGCAUUGGAUGAAAAUGCGCUCAGGCAGAUUAGUCGCACAGCACUGUAUAGACAUAGAAGAUCCAAACAUACUGCUAAUGUGCAUACUGUCAUUUUGGAUUGUGGAUCAAUUAGUUUUAUAGAUGAUGCAGGGGCCAAUGCUCUAAUAUGCUUGUUUGAGGAAUACCAGUGUAAAGGGAUUGACUUUGUCCUCGCCAGUUGUUCUAAUGCAGUUUUAAAUGGCUUAAGAGAAUACGAUUACUUUAAAACUACCAGACAAACCUUUACCUUCAACAGUGUCCAUGACGCUGUUUUAUACGUCUUGCAGCAAACCACAGAGCAAAGUCACACGCUGCAAGGAUCUGAGUGUAUUCUUGAGACAAAUGGUGAAGACAUACUAACUGAGUAUGACACAGAAGAUGAAAUCAAAAUUGACGUUAAUUCCACAAAUGGUGAAGUGUGGCAAAGGGAGAAGAACCAGAGGUACUCUGAUCAGAGUUUGCCCUGGGUAGCUGGAAAUCAGAGAAUUAUAGAAUAUGAGACAACUUUAUAAUGAAAAUAUUUGUUUUGAACCAUAACUGAAACUGGAUUGAUACAGUAACCUAAAUCAGCUGUUGUGUUUCUGCUGCAAUAUGCUGUUAAGUUUUUCUAUUGCAUUGUUUGUAAUAAUAGACAAAGAAUUAUAGGCUUUUCUGGAAAAACUAUAUUUGUAGUGUAUACAUUAAAAACUAUUUUCUCU